UGUUCAGGUUUUACUGGAAUUUUGCUGUGUUCCUCGUGGUCAUGCUACGUUCAUACCUGACUUGAUUUAUUGAUAAUUUCCAUUCUUCCCCUAUCCACUAUCUAUCCAUCUGCGGGAUUAGCGGCUACUGAGGAUUCCAGUGCCUGGACUGAUCGUGUCGUUGUUUACGCGCAGCAGAUCAACCUGAUCGUUGUGGUUGGAAUCAGCGUGUAGUCAGGCGCUGUUGCUGAUCCGGGAUCUUGUCAGGCUCGCAUGGUGUCUACUCCCUCGAGGAUGGUGAGGAGUGUGUGUUGCGCGUGUUAGUGCUGGAUGGAUCGUCUACGGGCCCGCUUCCGAUCCUUCCACAAUAACGAAAUCAUGUUGUCGCCGUCGUCGCUGGAGAGCAGCAGCAGCCAGCUGGAUCUGGGCUCCUCCCUGGACAGCUCCAGCCUGAGCAGCAGCGUCAACGACCGCCUGCCGCUGCUGCAGCAGCGCAGUCUCUUCCGCAGCUUGAGCGGAUUGGCGCGUCGCCGCUCCCCCCGCCCCGAGGCGCCGGACGCCGAGGGGGGGCCGCCGCCUAAUCUGGUGCGGCGCCUGACCACCUUCUCGGGGGUGUACGCCCCCGUGUGCCUGUCCAUGUUCAGCGCCAUCCUCUUCCUGCGACUGGGCUUCGCGGUGGGCCAGGCGGGCUUCCUGGCCACGCUGGGCCUGUUCGCCAUCGCCUACCUGAUCGUCACCUGCACCGUCUUCUCCAUCUGCGCCAUCAGCACCAACGGCGCCGUCGAGGGCGGGGGCGCCUACUAUAUGAUAAGCCGGGCGUUGGGUCCGGAGUUCGGCGGCGGCAUCGGCGUGCUCUUCUUCCUGGCCAACAUCUGCUCGGGGGCGCUGUACGUGUCGGGCGCGGUGGAGACGCUCAUCAACUCCUUCGGCAAAGGCGGCUCGCUGACGGACGGCGGCCUGCCCAACGAGCCGGCGCGCUGGUGGGGCUUCUUCUACGGCGUCGUCGUCUGCACCUUCAACAUGGCCGUCUGCGUCGUGGGCGCCUCCAUGUUCGCCUACAUGUCCGCCGCCAUCCUCGCCAUCGUCUCCAUCGCCGCCUUCAUCGGCUUCAUCAGCUUCUUCAUCGAGAACCACGCCCUGUGCAUCGACUUCCCGGCCAACAACCACCACUACAGCAACGCCUCCUCAGUCAACAACGCCACGGGCUUGCCCUGCGCCUACUACACCGGCAUCCUGCCCUCCACCUUCCGCGAGAACGUCUUCGCGCACUUCGACGUCGACUACACCACCGGCGACCUGGUGAACGCGGCCACCGUCUUCGCCGUGCUCUUCAACGGCGUCACCGGCAUCAUGUCGGGCGCCAACGUCGCCGGGGAGCUGCGCAACCCGGCCAAGGCCAUUCCGCGCGGCACGCUGUCGGCGCUGGCCACCACGGCCGUCGUCUACGGCACCCUCGUCCUCAUGAUCGCCCUCACCUGCACCAACGGCCUGUUGAAGAACAACUACACCUUCAUGCAGGCCAUCAACGUGUGGCCGCCGACGAUCGCCAUCGGCGUGCUGGCGGCCACGCUAUCAGCGGCCAUGACCAAUUUAAUGGGCGCCUCCCGCGUGCUGCUGGCCGUGGCGCGCGACAACCUCUUCGGGGUGCUGCUGCGCCCCUUCGAGAAGACCACCGCCGCCGGCAAUCCCAUCCCCGCCGUCCUCCUCUCCUUCUUCCUCACCGUGAUGGUGCUGCUGAUUCCCUCGCUGAACCAGAUCGCCGUCAUCACCUCCAUCUUCUUCCUCCUCUCCUACUUCGGCAACAAUCUCGCCUGCCUGGCGCUCGAGCUGGCCGCCGCGCCGAAUUGGCGGCCCAAGUACCGCUUCUUCAGCUGGCACACGGCGCUGAUCGGGAUGGCGGGGUGCGCGUGCAUGAUGUUCAUCAUCUCGCCCUUAUACACGGCGGUGGCCUUCGUCAUCGCCAUGCUGCUGAUGCUGGGGCUGCACCUGUGGUCGCCGGACAUCAACUGGGGCAGCAUCUCGCAGGCGCUCAUCUUCCACCAGGUGCGCAAGUACCUCCUGCUCCUGGACAUCCGCAAGGAGCACGUCAAGUACUGGCGCCCGCAGAUGCUCCUCCUCGUCUCCUCCCGCGACCGCAUCCAGCACCUCGUCGACUUCGUCAACGACCUCAAGAAGGGCGGAUUGUACGUGCUGGGGCACGUGAAGCAGGAGGACUUUGACCGGCUGGACACGGAUCCCACGCAGGAGGAGUACCCGCACUGGCUGGAGCUGGUCGACCGGCUAAAGGUCAAGGCCUUCGUCGAGCUCACCGUCGCCAGGACGAUCCGCGAGGGCAUCCACCACCUGGUGCACCUGUCGGGCCUGGGCGGCAUGAAGCCCAACACCAUCGUCCUGGGCUUCCCGCGCCUCCUCAACGGCACGCCGACCACCUCGCCGCACUCGCUGGCCGACGAGCUGGCCAACUUCCUGCCCACCGGCCCGCCCGACGACACCACGCCCCCCCUCUCCCCCACCGACUUCGUCCUGAUCCUGCGCGACUGCCUGCGCAUGCGCAAGAACAUCUGCGUGGCGCGCAACUUCCGCUCCUUCGACAAGAAGGACGUGCUGCGCCACGCCGGCCGUCGCCAGCGCGUCAACAUCGACGUGUGGCCGGUGGAUCUGAUGCGGCCGCAGCAGACCGACAGCUACGACACGCCGGUGCUCUUCCUGCUGCAGCUGGCGACCAUCCUGCAUAUGACGAGCAGUUGGCGGCGCAAGAGUGUGCUGCGGGUGUUCCUGUGCCAUCGCCAGCACACCGAUAAUGUCCUGCGGCGGAUUAAGACGCUGAAUUUGUUGUUGAAUCAGCUGCGGAUCAAGGGAAAGGUCGUGCCGGUGAUUUGGGAUGAGGCGCUGCAGCACAUCGACCGGGUUAGCUGCAGCUCCUAUCUAUCCGGACAGAAUAUCGGCCAGGAGGUGGAUCCCUACAACCUGCCCGUGGGCUACCUGCACGACGUGCAGCGCCUGCUGCGCUUCCACAGCCAGGGCUCGGCGCUGACUUUUCUGUGUAUGCCGGCGCCGCCCGCGGAGGCGGAGCGCGCCGAGGCCUAUCUGUCCUUCCUGGACUGCAUCAGCGCGCUGCCGACGCCGGCGCUGCUGGUGCACGGCAUCAGCAUCGUCACCUCCACCACCAUCUGAUCCGUCUCCAUUCCGCCCGCCCACGGACGGCGGCCUGCGGUGCAACGCCGCCCGGUGCCUUCCACGUUGAUUAAUUACGCGAUUUUUGUUUCCGCCGAUGAUUUCUUCGGCUUUUUUACUUGUACACGAGUCGAUCGUGGCAGUUCCUGUUCCGGGUGAAAUUUCUGUGCUUUUUUUUUACUGGUCUAUGUUGUUUCCCAAAAUGGUUUCCUGCUGCCUGAUAAAUAGAGAUUUAUUUUACUCGGAUAUUUAUUCGAGCGAUGGAAGAUUGGUUUUUCUUGUGAUGCUGUUUUGAUUGCUGGCUGGCUUGCUCAGUUAUAUAUUGGAAAUAAAUUAAUGACCCGCAUAAUUAAA